GUCAUUCCAUCAUAGACAACGAACAUCUCAAUGCAACUUUCGAAUAAUAAAGUGGUUGUUUAAACAAGGUCUAACGGUGUUUUACAAGAAUUUACUUCGCUCGAACCGUAAGGAAUCAACUAUGACAGUUGGAAUACGAAGUCAUCCAAGCAGUGUAGGACCAAAUGCGCUGCCGUAUUUUCCUAAUCUUCCAAAUAACAUUGGGCAGUAUGGCAAGUCUCCGUUUGUGAGCAAUGAACAAGCUGUACCACAAGUUUCUUAUCAAAAUACGUAUUCUUCUAAAGAUCUGGCGCAAGACAUUUCUUCCGUUGAUCCACUUGCAUUCAAUACUUUGUUUAACUCUACAAAUUAUCCAAUGUAUGAUCGUAAUAUCAUGGUUUAUCCAAUAUACCAACCCAAUUACGACAUGACGUCUUCGAUGCAAGGCCAAGUGCAAAGCAACGAUCGAGCUACUCUUCUUCGACAGAAUUCAUUGCCUAUCACAGGUUUUGAUCAAUAUCUCGAUAAUUCUAGCUUUGACUACGAGAAAGUGCUCGAAACAUUGGACUUAACUCUGUAUGAUAACCACGAAGAUUUCAGCCUGGAGGACUAUGCAGAUCUUGAUAAGGUUAACGAAGGAGUAGAUUUUGAGGUCUCAGUCAAACAAGAAAAAAGUGAAUGCGAGUACACGGACGGUGCAAGCGUGAAUAAUGUGCAAAAUCCAUUGGUUAGCGACAUGUUUUCAGUAGAAAAUUCUGUUGCUAAGAGCAAGGGGAACAUGUUUGAUUUAAAUUCAACUGACCAAGCUCUUGAAGAACCAGACAUCUUAAACAUUCUGGACCCGUAUUCUACACCAAAUUUUGAGGAUUUACAGAAUACAAAUUUCCAGACAGAAGUAAAAACAGAAUCAGAGAACAUCAAGAAAAACUGUGACUUUACCUAUUCAUCCAUUCUGCAUAACAACAGUUUCAACAAUGAUAUUCAUUCAGAUAUAUCAAGACUUGGCUUGCCUAAAGAUGAUAUUAUACAAAUGCCUGUGAGUAGAUUCAAUGAAUUUCUUCUAUCGUUAACACCAGAGCUAUCAAACUUGGCCAAAGAUAUCCGUAGACGAGGUAAAAACAAACAGGCCGCACGGCUAUGCAGAAAGAGAAAACUAGAUAACAUAUCUCUGUUGGAGCAAACUCUUAGUCAGAUGCAAGAGGAGAAGUCAAGACUUCUAAAUGAAAGGCAAGAAAUACUUGAUGAAACCAGGCAGUUAAAAUCAAGCAUGGACACAAUAUGUGGAUUGUUAAUGAAAGAAUUAAAUGAUAGUGUUAGUUCAAGGGAACUUUCUGUAUUGCAUCAUUCAAAUGGACAAACCAUACUUGUACACAAAUAAAAAACAACCUAAUAAUACAAAAAUAGAUAUAUUUAUUUAUAUAGUAAUAUUUAUAUACAAUGCUAUGGCAUGAAUGCUAUACUUCUACUUAAAAGUUUGUCAACUGGGCUGGUCCUGGUUUGCCAUUAAUAAAUUCAUUUGCUUUAUUUAUCAGAUAUAUUAAAAUGAUUAUUUAUAGAUAUAUUUGUGGUGUAUUUAAUUUAUUUACAUUCCACAGUUAAAAACAUGCCAAUAAAUUUGCGAUAUCCGUUUAAAAGUUCAAGAAGCGAUUUUUCUCAUGCUCCCAGAGCUAUAGUAAUCGCCACUACAUUUUAAAAUAUAUAAUAACCGAUAAAUUCCCUCUAAAAGCAUAUUUUUUGAAAGAAGAUGUCACACUUUGUCACGGAGGGAAAUGUUGUUCAUUUGCAAGUGAUGUUUAGUCACAAGUUUUGGGAUAUGCAAGAUGGCAAAUAGCCCGAGGCUCACUUGGUCAAUGGUGGUCAAAAACUGAGAAUGUAGAUUGGUAAUGAAUGGAAUAUAAAAUAGCAGAUCCUCGACUUGUAUAACCUUUACUUUGGUAUGCAUGAAUUUUAUUAAAGUAAUGUACAUUACAAUAAGUGGCAAAAUAUCCAUGUAAAAGCGCAUGACAGCAAAAAUACGCCUAGUGGAAUUGAUUGUAAGAAACGUCAUUGUCUUCUAAGUGGACCGGAAAAAACAUUUCCUGCUGACUGACGUAGUCUCUAAUGUGAGCAAGUCUUUCUUCCCAUUUUCAAACAAACUUUAGAUAAUAUCUACAUAAAGUAAAUUUGAGGCUUCUACUUUCUACAUUUAUUUUAAUAAUUCAAUUUGUAAAAUAAAUAUUUCGAUGUGAGUAUGAAUUAGAUUCCAGCAACGGCUUAAA